AUUUACUAAUGCCUUUUAGUUGCCUUUCCUGUCAAUCCCGACUCUUGACAUAGAAUGAUUCUGCCCAGUCGACCUUGCAGAUCCCUGUGCGGGUUAUGCUGAAGAACAAGGUGAAUCCGACAUUUGGUCACGGCACAAGGAUCUCCCUUCCCAGUACGGGUACCCCGAGUCUGCAUGGACUUUAUCAGACAGACUUUAUCUCUAUCAAGUACUGCGAUCUUUGCCUUGAAGCACCAUACGACAGUCCUCAACCGUUGACCUCAAGCUUUCUCCCGCCAUGGAUCAGUCAACGUUACCGCGCCGCCAGCUUGUCUGGUUCAUCACAGGGACGUCAUCCGGCUUUGGAUACCGUCUGGUAUUAUCUGCUCUAGCUCGAGGUGAUCUAGUAAUUGCUACUGCACGCGACUUUGAAAAACUACAAGACCUCUACGGUCGUGAAGAACGUGAAAAUUUACGGCUUUUACAAUUAGACAUAACCGCUGGAUUCGACGUAAUAAAGACCAUCGUUGACAAAGCCUUGAUACUUUGGGGUAGAAUCGAUGUCCUAGUUAACAAUGCUGGGAAUGGCUACCUGAGUUUCGUUGAGGAAGCUACAUCCGAUCUAUUUCGCCGCCAGUUUGACACAAACGUUUUUGGAGUAAUGGACGUCACAAAUGCCGUUCUUCCCUACAUGAGGGAAAAGAAAGAUGGCACAGUGAUCGUCGUCGGGAGUCGAUCUGUAUGGAGAGCAGAUAUGCUCAGCGGUCUUGGGCCCUACGCUGCCUCGAAAGCAGCGAUUCAUGCCGUGACUGAAGCACUGUCGGUGGAACUGGCAUCUUUCAACGUCAAAGUGCUGCUUGUCGUACCGGGAGCUUUCCGGACGGAGAAGAUGUAUUCCAUCCCAUUCAAUGAAGCGAAUCCUAUCCCCGAUUACGACGACGUGAGGAAGUCCGUCAUGUCGCAAAUUGCAAAAAUACCUGGGAACGAACCAGGAGACCCUGUUAAGGCGAUGGAAGUUGUGGUCGAUAUUGUCAGGGGUGAGGGUGUUGCGAAAGGUAAAGAAUGGCCUGGUACAAUCCUUCUUGGAGAGGACGCCGAAGCGACUUACCGAAAGAAAGAAACCAAACUGAACCAAGCGAUUCAGGAAUGGAUUCAGGUCACCAAGAGCGUUGCAUUCUAGAUAGGUAAUAGCUCUGCAAUGUAUUGUACGACUAGGAGAGACAAUUGCGGC